AUGGAAUCUGCUGGAGAUUGGUGCUUGAUUGAAAGUGAUCCAGGAGUGUUUACACAGCUAAUAAGAAAAUUCGGUGCUACAGGGGUACAAGUUGAAGAAUUGUGGGCCAUAGAUGAUGGCAUUUUUGAAAAUUUACGACCUGUUCAUGGCCUAAUAUUUUUAUUCAAGUACAUGCAAGAUGACGAACCUCCAGAACCAGUAGUGUGUGAUGAUCGCCUUGAUAAAAUUUAUUUCGCUAAACAGGUUAUUAAUAAUGCAUGUGCCACCCAAGCUGUUAUUAGUCUUUUAUUGAAUUGCAACCAUCCAGAUGUAGAUCUCGGCCCUGAACUGAGCAAAUUAAAAGAGUUCAGUAUGUCUUUUGAUCCAAAAAUGAGAGGACUUACUCUUAGUAACUCUCAAACAAUCCGAACUGCUCAUAACUCUAUGGCUCAACAACCUCUUUUCGAGUUUGAUCCUAAAGUGGCAUCUAAAGACGAUGAUGCAUAUCAUUUUAUUGGCUAUAUGCCAAUAGAUGGUCGACUUUAUGAACUCGAUGGUUUACGUGACGGCCCUAUUGACCAUGGACCUAUAGCCCUUGAACAAGAUUGGCUUGAUGUCGUGCGGCCUAUUAUAAUGAAAAGAAUCAAUGUGUAUACUGAAGGCGAAAUCCAUUUUAAUUUAAUGGCUUUGGUAUCAGACAGAAAAAUGAUUUAUGAACGUCAGUUACACGAGGUCCAAAUGUUGACUAUGGAGACUGAUGACAUGGAAAAUGAAAUCCAAAGGCUCAGAAUGUUGAUUGAAUAUGAAGAUGUAAAAAUGGCCAGAUACCAACAAGAGAUGAUACGUAGGCGACAUAAUUAUUUGCCGUUUAUAAUAAUGCUUUUGAAAAUAUUAGCUGAGGAAAAAAAGCUGAUGCCGCUACUGGAGAAGGCUAAGGAGCGCGCUUCGAAGAAGGGUACGAAGAAAAUGAAAGUAUAA